GAGCAGGGCAGGGAAGCGCAGGCGGCGCGGAGGGCUGGAGUUCGCUCUCCGAGGCGGACAGCCGGUUCCUCGCUGCCGCAGGGGCUGCCGGUGGCCUGGCGGUGCCAACUCGCAGCCGGGCAGGGAGCGGCGGGGCGGGGACGGCCGGGCCUGGAGGCAGAGCUCGCGGGCAGCAUGGCGGGGCUGCGGACCAGGCGGGGCUCCGGGCUCCGGUUGCUGGCGCUGUCCGCGCUGGGCUUCUGCCUGAUACUGCAGGUCAGUGCCAAGAGGCCCCCCAAAACGCCCCCCUGUCCACCCAGCUGCUCCUGCACCAGGGACACGGCCUUCUGCGUGGACUCUAAAGCAGUGCCCAGGAACCUGCCCGCCGAGGUCAUCUCUCUGACGCUGGUGAAUGCUGCCUUCUCCGAGAUCCAAGCCGGAGCAUUUUCCCACCUGCCGCUGCUGCAGUUCCUGUUACUCAACUCCAACAAGUUCACGCUGAUCGGAGACAACGCCUUCACAGGACUGUCGCACCUGCAAUACCUCUUCAUAGAGAACAAUGACAUCUGGGCACUAUCCAAGUUCACUUUCAGAGGGCUCAAGUCUUUAACACACCUCUCCCUGGCCAACAAUAACCUGCAGACACUGCCUAGAGACAUCUUUCGGCCAUUGGACAUCCUGAGUGACUUGGACCUGCGGGGCAACUCUCUCAACUGCGACUGCAAGGUCAAGUGGCUGGUGGAGUGGCUGGCCCACACCAACACCACGGCGGCCCCCAUCUACUGCGCCAGCCCGCCCCGCUUCCAAGAGCACAAGGUGCAGGACUUGCCUCUGCGGGAGUUCGACUGCAUCACCACAGAUUUUGUGCUGUACCAGACCCUGUCCUUCCCAGCGGUGUCAGCUGAGCCCUUCCUUUACUCAAGUGACCUCUACGUGGCUCUGGCCCAGCCAGGCGCCAGCGCUUGCACUGUCCUCAAGUGGGACUACGUUGAACGGCAGCUUCGAGAUUAUGAUAGAAUCCCAGCCCCCUCAGCCGUACACUGCAAGCCCAUGGUGGUGGACAGUCAGCUGUACAUGGUGGUGGCCCAGCUGUUUGGUGGCUCUUACAUUUACCACUGGGACCCCAACACCACACGCUUUACCAAGCUGCAGGACAUCGACCCGCAGCGCGUACGCAAGCCCAACGACCUGGAGGCCUUUCGCAUCGAUGGUGACUGGUACUUUGCCGUGGCCGACAGCUCCAAGGCGGGUGCCACCAGCCUCUAUCGCUGGCACCAGAAUGGCUUCUACUCCCACCAGGCCCUGCACCCCUGGCAUCGUGAUACCGACCUGGAGUUCGUGGACGGUGAGGGCAAGCCUCGGCUGAUUGUGUCGAGUAGCUCCCAGGCACCGGUCAUCUAUCAGUGGAGUCGCACCCAGAAGCAGUUUGUGGCCCAGGGCGAGGUUUCUCAGGUGCCUGACGCCCAGGCUGUGAAACACUUCCGUGCUGGACGCGACAGCUACCUGUGCCUCAGCCGAUACAUAGGGGACUCCAAAAUCUUGCGCUGGGAGGGCACCCGCUUCUCCGAGGUGCAGGCCCUGCCCUCCCGGGGCUCACUGGCCCUGCAGCCCUUCCUUGUGGGUGGCCGCCGCUACCUGGCACUGGGCAGUGACUUCUCCUUCACCCAGGUUUACCAGUGGGAUGAGGGGCGGCAGAAGUUUGUCAGGUUCCAGGAGCUGGCCGUGCAGGCCCCUCGGGCCUUCUGCUACAUGCCUGCAGGGGACGCCCAGCUGCUGCUGGCCCCCAGCUUCAAGGGACAGACACUUGUGUACCGGCACGUGGUGGUGGAUCUCAGUGCCUAGAGGGCUGCCAAGCCUCUGGAUUGGAGGCUGAGGGAGAGGCUCUGCGUGAGCAGCGUGUGUGCCCAUGUGAGGAUACAUGUAGCCAAUCUCACACACGCCCCUGGUGAGCGCGGGCACCACGUGGACUGGCUCCGAGAGCUGCUUGCCAUAGUUGUAAUCAGCAUGAGGACUUGUAUGUGCACCAGGCAACCCAGUGCCUGGGGCCCUCCCAUCUGUGGACACCUGUGGACCCCACAACCCAUCUGCAGGCCCCCUCCACUGCUGCCUUCCACAAGCUCUGGCCUGGGGAGGGGGGAGGCUGUUGGGAGGGAGGGUCUUGGGCUGAUCCUUCUGAUGCUCUGGUCUCUCCUUGUUGGUGCUCCAGGGGUCCAUUUCACCUGCUCGUGCCGCACACUGCAGCCACAGCCUUCCACUGCGGGUACACUCACCUACUCGCCACUCCUCCUGCAUGUUCACCUGGGAUCUGACCCACACCCUCAGUCACACACACACAUCUGUCCACACCCCCGUUUCCUAGUGCAAACCUGCAGAUUCAGCGCUGCCAAAGGGUCUCUCUGCCAUUACAUUAUUGCCUCUCUGCUUGGAGGGGGCACACAGUACUGCCCGGCUAUGCUCAUCCUGGUGUCCCCACCCUGCUUCUGGGCACCAGCUUGACCUCCUGGGGGUACAGCCCCUCUGCCCAAAGCAAUAACAGCAGCAGCCCUGGAAGACCCUUCCUCCUCUGUCUUCACUGGGGCUUUGUGCCCUGACCCUGUCACCCGAACUGGAGACCACCCAGACAAAAGCCUUUCUAUUUUUCCUUCCUGUAGCUGUCCCAGCCUAGACCCCUGCCCCUGUCCCCUGGUUCAGCCCCUUCUUUGGGAUGUGGCUCCUCAGCUGCACUGCUGGCUCCUCUGGUUAGGUCCCAGAGCUGGCCUGGCCAGGGACGCUGCAAGCACUUGGGGCAUCUGGAGGGUGCAGGAGUAGAGCUGGGCUGGAGAGCAAUUUGGGAUCUCUGGCGCCCCUCCAGCCCACAGAUGCACAGUCCAGGAGCACUGCCUUCCAGGACAAACUGGGUGGUAGAGGGCCAAGGGCCCUGUGGGGCGGCACCGGGGAGCCAAGCUUCUGCUGCCCUCUGCUGUAAGCUGGGGACGGACAGCCGUGAGGUAGGAGGCAACGCAGCAGCCAUGGGAGGGGAGGCUCUUCCCUGGCCCAGACUGUGUGAGGGGCGUCUGGUGGCAGCAAGAGGGUCU